AUGAAAAAGCAAAUUCGUGAUAAAGAUGAAAAGCCACCAAACUUAUUACCAUCCAUACAAGCGAAUGAACGAGAACAAAAAACGGGUAUUAAUAUACCAUACACAAUUCCUACUCCUCCGAUUGUUCAACAAUCAUUGUACCCUUCAGUUGAAUCGUUCGGAUCUUUACAAGCUUCUGAGAAAAAUGAACAACUGGAAAAACAAUCAGCGCAUUUAAAUCGACUAAGUCAAUUGUCAAUUAACGAUACAAUUGUUAAACAGUUGUAUCGAUCACUUGAAGAGUUACAAACUGAACAAGCUAUACAGGAAAAACAACAGAAAAAACAGAAAAAAACACAUGCAAGUUGUGUUAAUCUAUCGCAAAUGUUAUCUACUAUCCAACCAAUAAAACGAUGCCAGGUUAAACGCAAAAUCUCGUCUGAAAUUCAAGAAACCCCCGAAAAAAAAUUUAAAUCUAUGGAAAAUUUAGUCGUACCUCCAAGUACAACUACGUUAAAUCUUUUUCCUAAACUAUCCAAGGAUCAACGGUACCGAAAAAAUAAAAAGGAAAUAGAAUCGUCAAUGAUGGAUGAUUUGUCAUCUUUGUACGAUACAGAUAAUUUGCGGCGUGAUUGCGUACCUGAUAAGGUUAUUAAACAAAGAAAAUACAGAGUUGAUAAAAAAAACGGUGAUCCCAUCUACAAAGAGCAAGAAAAGAAUCGUCAUAUUGAAUAUAGAAAAAAAAAGAAAAAUGAUGAUAUGUAUAAGGAAAAGGAGAAGAAACGUCAUCAAAUUUCUAGGCAGCAGAAAAAACAGAAUUUAGAAUCGAAUUCUUUAGAAGAAGAAUUUCGUGAAUCAGAAAAACAACGGCAUCGUGAAUACAGAGAUAGAUUAUUACAGAAUCAACUCGAUGAUUCAACAAAUUUUAUGAAUAAUGCCAUAAAUUGUAGAAAUAAUGAACAACAAAAUACUAAUGUAAAAGAAAAAUAUAUCGUAACCGAGACUGAUAAGAAUAUUGAUAGAGAAAAUCUGCAAGAUGCAUCUGAGGCGAUGGUAUGUUCAACUUGUAAAAAAGCAAUUGAUAAUGAUAAAAUACCCAACUUUGCAGUAUACAAUGGAUUCAAAUUCCCAGAAUUACCAUCUGACUUACCAAAACUUGAUUUUAUAACUGAAAGAUUAAUUUCUCCUCGUAUUCCAUUCAUGCAAAUAAGGAGACUUCGUCAUGUACAUGGUCAAUUUGGUAUUUAUGGCCAGAUCAUCAAUGUACCCGUGUCGGUGGAUACAAUGGUUAAAACAUUGCCUCGAGAAUUAAACGAUGAUCAUUGUUUUUAUGUUCAUUUAAAAAAAAAACUCGUGCACAAAUCUAGUUAUGUGCAUGGAUUAGUAAAGAAAAAAGAUAUAAAAUUAUGGUUAAAGUUCUUAGUCAAAACACCAUUGUAUGAAAAGUACGAGAUUAAAAUCAAUGAUUCAUUUUUUCGAGAUAUGGAAGAAAACGUUGAAGAGCAAGAGGAUAAUUUAAAUGAUUAUAGUGAGGAUAUUCCAAUCGAAGAAAGUCUCAUUGCUCAACAACAAACUCUAAUGUGGAGUGAGGACAAAUGUUUGUCUCUUGCUCCAGGUGAAUUUAAAAUUCCCCACAGUAUAUUGUUCGAUGAACAUGCCGAAGAGUUAUCAUUUCCAUCAAUCUAUUUAGGAGAGUUCAGACGAUUUACUGAAGAUUUAAGAGUGACACCCUACAUGAUGAUCACUAGUGAACUUAGGCGCAAAGAUCGUCGUGCUAUCACUCCUCAUCACCUAUUAUACGCGGCUGUGAAGAUAAUGCGAAUAAGAGUUCGUGAUUGUCUAACAAUAGCUUUUAGGCACAUAGGAAAAGAUACUCACGUAACUAAAAAACAAAUUGAAAGCGAAGAGUAUAUUAAUAACUGCAUAGAAUCAAAUUUAGCUUUUUUAAGGUCGAUACCGAACUCUGUUUGGUAUUGGAAAGCGAGGAAAAAAGAUCUCUUUGCUAUAAUUCGUCAAAAAGGUAAACCAACAGCAUUUAUGACCUUGAGUGCAAAUGAAAUAGGAUGGAAUGGUUUAUUGGAAUUAUUACACAAAUUGGCCAAAAACGUCGAUGAUUUCGACGUGACACAACUUAACUAUAUUCAAAAAAGUACCCUCAUUAAUGAAGAUUCAGUGACAUGUGCAAUUUACUUCAAUAAAUUAGUGAACGUUCUAUUGAAUAUUUUGCAGGCUAAAAAAAUUAGUCCGUUUGGAAAAUAUAGAGUUGUAGAUUAUUUUAAAAGAAUUGAAUUUCAACACAGAGGAAGCCCUCAUGCUCAUAUUUUACUUUGGCUUGAAAAUGCUCCAGAUGAUAUUUUAGAUAAAAAUAAACUUCAAGCAAUAGAGAUGAUCGAUCGUUUAAUAUCAGUGUCGAAAUCAGAAGCAUCAGGAAACAUAAAAUUGCAAACUCAUAAACAUACAUUUACAUGUUAUAAAAAGAUUGGGGCAAACAAGGGUCAAAAAUGUAGAUUUGAAGCUCCUUUCCUGCCUUUUAAAGCUACAAAUGUUAUUAUACCAAUGCAAUCAUCGGAGUCGAACUAUAAUGAAUUUAAAAAAAGAUAUAGUCAGAUCAGACUUAAUUUAGAGGAUAAAAACUAUAAAGACAUUGAUGAGUUUUAUAAAGAAAAUAAUAUUACAUCGGAUGAUGAAUAUUACAAUAUCGUUGCAGCUGGUAUAAAUAGACCGAGGAUAUUUAUUAAACGAGAUACAUCUGAAAAAUGGUAUAAUGCUUUCAAUCCAUUUGUUUUUAGUUUGCUGAAAUCAAACAUGGAUUUUCAAAUAAUAACUGAAGAAUAUUCUGUGGCGCAGUACGUUAUUGAAUAUGUAAAUAAAACGAACAGAGGCAUAAGUAAUUUACAACGAAAAAUAAUAGAAACAAUGGACGAGCAUCCUGAAUUUAGCAUUGUAGAAAUCACACGAAAAAUGAGUGUUGAUAUGUUAAAUUCUGUUGAAAUGAGUAGCCAGGAAGCCGCAUGGUAUCUCUUGCGGGAACCAAUGUCAAAAAGUUCAAUAGCUGUAAUUUAUAUCAACACAUGUUGGCCUAUUGAUAGAGAAAGGAUUAAAAAAACACAAAGAGAAAUCGAUAAAUUAGAUGAAAAUGAUACUGGCAUCUGGAAAGAAAAUCAUUUUGAAAAAUAUGAAAAACGCCCAGAACAUUUAAAUGAUGUGACAUUGGCACAAUUUGUUGCAAAAUAUUAUUUAAAUACCAAGAAUGAAUAUGUAGAAAGAGAUCAGCCUCGUAUUAUUAGAUAUAGAAAAUAUGACAUGGCAGCAAAUUACAAUGAGUAUAGAAGAGAAAUGAUUUUGAACAAAAGAAAAGAGUUUGAAUCUAAUUUAGAUUUAGAGAAAACAAUUGAAAUAUGUCGCCAGUUAUGUAGAGAGAAUGAGGAGAACGAUGGUGAAGAUUCCGAAGAGCCAAAUGAUGUUGAUCGUUUUCCGGAAGCGGACCCUUAUCAAGAGUUAUAUCGAAAUCCUAAUGCUGGUAUGAAUGAAGAUCUCCGUUUAGGUACCAUACAGAAAUUGGGCGCUGUUGCAAAAAAAAGAGAGAACUUAAUGGAGCUUGAUAGAUUUUAUGAUUUGAUGAGAAGUGCAAAUGAAAAGCAAUUUAAUCUUCUUAACCAUAUAAUUCAUCAUAUUGUAUCUUACAAUAAUAAUGUAUCUUGCCAGCCACCACCAUUACAAGUAUUUUUGACUGGACCAGCAGGUUGUGGGAAAACAUUUGUCAUCAAAUUAAUUAUGGACAUUUACAACCGAUUCUCACAUACUGAUGGUCUUUGUAAUUCGUAUAUAACCUGUGCAUCAACCGGUAAGGCUGCUGUAGCAAUUGAUGGAACUACUGUUCAUACAGCAUUAAAAUUAACCAUUUCCAAUGUGUUACCAUUGAGCAGCGAAAUUCUUCACUUAUUUCGAUGUCUUUUUAAAUAUGUAAAGGUUAUUAUAAUUGAUGAAGUCAGUAUGAUUGGAUCGGAGCUUCUGACACUCAUUGAUUCUAGAUUGAAACAAAUAACCGGUAAUUACAAUGAUAAUUUUGGUGGAUUAGAUAUAUUUUUCAUAGGUGAUUUACGGCAAUUGCCACCAGUAAGGGCUACUCCAAUUUAUAAACGACCUAAACAACGAAUGAUUGGUCCAAUUCUUUGGGAAGGAUUGAAAUUUUAUGAAUUGACCCAAGUUAUGCGACAAUCCGAUAUUGUUUUCUCUUCAAUGUUGACAAAAAUUGGCAACGGAAGUGUUUUAGAUGAGAGCGAGCUGCAACUUAUAGAAAGCAGAUUUUAUACAAAAGAAGAGGCUGAUGAGCAGUGCCCAGAUGGUGUCAGGUUAUAUUUUGAUAACAAUUCUGUAAAUCGUUACAAUAACAAAAUUCUACAAUCACAUGAAGAUAAAAUCAUCUCAAUUGCUAUUGAUAGCAUACAUGGAAACGAUCAAAAUAAUGUUGAUCAAGCAACUUUUUUAAUACAGAAGUUGCAUAAAAAAACUGUCAUUGAAACUGGUGGUUUACCGUACGAAAUUACUUUUGUUCUCAACAAGCUCUAUAUUAUAACAACGAAUAUUGACGUUGCGGAUGGAUUGGCUAAUGGUGCUGUUGGGAAAUUAGUUCAUAUCGAAUUGAAAGAAGGUCAACCGGUUCGAGUUUGGCUUAUUUUUCGUGAUCGAAAAACUGGUCAAAAAAUAAGAUCUAAGGCUGCUGGUAAAGCAAAAGAGUUGAACAUAAGUGAACACGCAGUGCCGAUAGAGCGUAGGACUGCAACAAUACAUUUGAACAAUAAUAAGACUAUUAAUGCGAAACGAAAAAAUUUUCCACUGAUAUCAGGAUGCGCAAUGACGAUUCAUAAAUCUCAAGGAGGUACGUUUGAGCAAAUUGUUUAUGAAUACAAAAGAACCCAUACAACUCCGUUGUUAUAUGUGGCAUUGUCUAGAGUUACAUCAAUUGAUGGUUUAUUUAUUACCAAUGCAACGAAUGACAAAAGAUUUUAUCAUGGCAGGAAUAGAGAUCCAUCGGUCCUUCCGUUACAAAAAGAGUUCGAAAGAUUAUCUUCAAAUAGAUUAGAAACAAUUCAGGAUUCACUAAAAAACUGGUUACUUUCAGACAGUGGAUUAAAACUAUUAACUUUUAAUUGUCAAAGUCUUCGCAAGCAUGCUCCAGAUUUAAAUGAAACUAUAGUAAAUCAUUGUGAUUUUCUAUUACUUACAGAAACUUGGAUCUAUGAUAACGAAGAUAUUGAAAUAGCAAAUUUUAAUUGUGUCAUUAAAAAUAAGCGAAUGGAUAAACGCGCGGGGGGAGUAGCUAUAUAUUCUAAAAAAGGUAGUGCUAACUUGUGUGACCCAACAAAUUGGCAAGUUGGUCAGGAUUCGGUUGGUGAUAUAUGUUUUACGCAGUGUCAGAUGAAAGAAGGAGGAAGUUCAGCCCUGUUACACCAAAAUUUACACCAAUUACCAAUGGUUUUAGCUGGAGACUUUAACACAAAUUUUGCUUCUAAAGAGUCACUUCCUUUAAUAGAAUUCUUGAAGGAUAAACUACAGUUAGAACUGAAUAAUAAUCCAACAGAAUUUACAACAAAAGAUAAAACUACGAUUGAUGCUGUAUACAUUGCGGGUAAAAAAUAUUUAAGACAGGAAGAACAAGAUGUUCCGGAGUUCAUUGAAGACUUGAUUUCACAAUUUGAAUGCGGUUAUCAGCGCCGGGAGCAACAAAUUAAUACUUUAAUACAGCUAGAUAUACCUCCAGAACCGAAAGAAACAUACAGUAUUCAAGAUUUAGUAAAUUUCAAUUUUGAUAAGUGGACUGAAACAGAAGGGUAA